GCAGGCGCGGGCUCGGCCCCUCCCCUGCGCUCCCCCCGCCCGUUGUGGAUGGCAGCCGCUCUGCUCGGGGCCUCAGAAAAAGGGACACUAAAAGAUGGAAAGGCCACGGAGGUAUCUGCCGUGGUUACGGAGACUCGGUUUACCCAGCUGUACAGGGAAUACCUGGAGAAGCAACAACUCCUAGAUAAGAGGCACCGGGUGAAGAAGCUGCCAGGGGGCACCGUGGCAUUGCCCGUCGUGGAGGAGACCUUCAUCGAGCAGCAUCUACAAGAGCUGAAGAUGCACGUGGCUCCGGAGAGCACCUGUGUGCUGGCCCGGAUUCAGAAUCCUCUUCUGUCAAAGAGGGCUCAGCUCCGCUCGCCCGCCCAGAAGCUGCGAUCGGCGGUUCGGUGCUUGGUGGAGGGCAGGGGAGUCCCAUGGUCAGCUGGUCUGGAGCGAGACCUGCCCCGUGCUUGGCAGCGACACGGCGAUCUGCUGCUGGUGAGCGAGGACAGCUUCCGAGCCCCUCUUUGGGAGGAGCUGGGUCAGGAGCUCUGGGAGACGGUGGCUGCCGCUUUGGGGGUGCGGCGUUUAGCGAAGCGAGGGCGCGUGGCCCCGGGCGGAACCCGAACCCCCAGGGUGACGCUGCUGCUGGGGGACGACGGCUGGGUGGAGCACGUGGACGAUGGAAUCAGGUAUACGUUCGAUGUAACCCAGUGCAUGUUCUGCCCCGGAAACGUCACAGAGAAGCUGCGGGUGGCAUCGUUGCCCUGCGCGGGGGAAGUGCUGGUGGAUCUCUACGCAGGGAUCGGCUACUUCACCCUACCGUUCCUGGUUCACGCCGGCGUGGCCUUCGUCCACGCCUGCGAGUGGAACCCGCACGCCGUGGCCGCUCUGAGGAGGAACCUGGAGCUGAACGGGGUGGCCGACCGGUGCCAGAUCCACGCCGGGGACAACAGGAAGCUGGACCUGGAGGACCGGGCCGACAGGGUGAACCUGGGACUGAUCCCCAGCUGCCAGGAGGGCUGGCCCGUCGCCUGCCGGGUGCUGCGGCGGGACCGUGGGGGCGUCCUGCACAUCCACCACAAUGUGGAGGCGUUUCCGGACCCGGGCCCCCGGGUGAAGGGGCCCCCGCAGCCACCUCGGGGAUCCCCUUCCGGGGGAGAGGAGCCCCGCUCCGCCGCGGAUUGCGGGAGAGGGACCCCGGUGACGGUGGCCCCGAAGGUGGAAUGGCGGAGGUGGGCAGAAUCCGCAGAAGCCCAGAUUGGGAUCCUGCUGGAGCAACUGCACGGGAAGCCUUGGAGGACCCGGAUCCUGCACAUUGAGCCGGUGAAGUCCUAUGCCCCCCACGUGGAUCACGUAGUCCUCGAUCUGGAGUGCCGCCCCCUCCCCAGCUGAUGGCAGAGGGGGCGAGGGGGCGGGCCCGUGACCUCGGGGGCGCGGCCAGGUGGAAGCGAGCUCACUGUUCGUGAGAUGGCCGGACCCCACGAGCACAGCCCCUGAGCUCACCCCUUCCCUCCUGACCACUUUUUAAAAAUAAAUCGGAGUAAUUUAAUCAAGGAGUCCCAGGAAGUCA